AUGGCAGAACAAGUAUUUGGACACUGUGAGCACAAUGCUGGUUUUGGAAAAUCACUCAGCCAUCACCUCCCACUUCUGGCCUUAACACUCUCCCGGGUUUUUAGCCAGUGGCUGAUGCAACUAUCAUAUGGAUCAAUUGACCAUCUUUCCAGUACAAGGCAUAUGGCUCGUGCCUUUAGGAUUCCAACCCUAUCGCGAUACGCUAUUUAUCACUCAAACCUCCUCAAACCCUCUGUGUUUUCCCAUUCUCAAUUGAAUGAUAUAGGCAUGUCGAGACACUCCGAUUAUCUCUCUCUGUCCCACGUAGAGCUAGAACCAAUCAGCCCUCAGAGUCUUGUUUCUAAAUUUUGGCCCGAUUAUCAUUCUCAACCUCCACGUAAAGUCAUUUCUGUAUUGUCUCCCAUACUUUACGAGUCACUCGCAGCCAGCGAAUUACCUUCUCCUACGCCCAAAGCCUUGAGUUACGAAGAAGCUGCCAACAAAUGCCGAUCUGAUGUUUGGGCUAUCAUCAAAGAGUGCGAGCGAACUAGUAUCAAAUUCAGUGACCCGGGAUUUGAUAUUGAGCAGGAUUUCGCGCGCUACGACCACUAUUGCCUAUUCGGCAUUAAAAGAGCCUGUGAUGAUAAUGGCGAGAAACAAUGCGCAAAACCAGGCUCGGUUUAUGGUAUACCGUGGAUUUUUAAAAUCCUAAAUUUGUUGCUAAUGACUUCAUCUCGGAUAUUAAACAGGGAACCUGCGGGAACUAUUUGUGUCGCUUAUGAUGAGGAUUGCGGCGUUUAUGGGUUUGUCUUUUAUCGUGACGGUGGGUGGAUCUCAACGGUGGUUGAUGAUAAACUAUAUCUCACCAAAGAGGAUUUUAACCAAGAUAUAUAUGAUAGUACAGGUAAGACGGCUAGGGUCUAUAAGAAGCAGAAGCAGACGGGCUCUGAGGCUCUCUUCUCCUCAAAGUGUGAAGGCGCCAACGAGACCUGGGUACUGCGGCUGGAGAAGGCUGUAAAUAGCCCUUCAGAUAUUAUCCUUGACCUAACGCUGGGGCAAGACCUGAAACUGACUGAGUCUGAAACUGACUCGGAUUCUGAGGUAGACUGUAGCACCAGGUCUUCUAAAUCGUGGAAUGCGGUUUGCAUUAUUGGUCUACGCGUCUUAGCACGGAGUGCGGGCACUAGCAUUACCAUUAGUGGAAAGCCAAUGACGAAUAGAAAAGAGGCUGAUGAUCAAAAGAGAUCCUCCACAACCGUGCAGCUUGAUGUACGGCUUGAAUUCCGAACAGGUGAAUCAAGUACUACUGCUGCUGCUUUAAGUCGCCACGCUAGAUCCUUCUUUCCAUCGCGUAUUCGGCAUGAGCCUAACUAG